CGCACGGCGGUGAAGCGGUCCGCCCCCAUCCGUGUUUCCCCGAAGCCAAGAGGCGGGUUCUGGCGUGACUCAAUCCUUUUUAUCUGACGCUGCAAUUCAAGAAACCAGAAGUUCUGUUCAGUUUUAGCCAAGACUUCGGAGGAAGAGGCUAGUGUAGAGCCUUACCAAGACGAGAGAACAUGAGGGGCGAAGCAGGAGUGGCCAUUUUGCUGGCCGUUGUCGCUUCUACUGUUGUUGUGCAUGCACAGACAGGCGGAGUAAAAAUCGACUUUGAGACCGACUAUGAGGUGGAGUAUGCCGGCUACGAUGGCUGGUACAACAACCGCGCUCACCCGGAGUGGGGCAUCGCAGAUAGCCCGCUGACUCGGCGCCUGCCGUCCCACUACCAGGACGGGACGUACGAGCCGUCCGGCUGGGACCGCCCCAACCCGCGUACGCUGAGCGAGCUCACCAUGAAGGGGGUGACAGGGAUGGGGUCCUUCCGCAACCGGAGCGCCCUGCUCACGUUCUUCGGACAACAAGUGGUGGAGGAGGUUCUGGAUGCUCAGCGCCCGGGCUGCCCGCGGGAAUACUUCAACAUCCAGAUUCCGAAGGGCGACCCAGAAUACGACCCCGACAGUAGGGGAGGGCGGGAAAUCCCGCUCCUGCGGUCUCGCUACGACAUGCGGAUCACGGGAUUCUCACCGAACUUCCCUCGACAACAGUUGAAUGAGAUCACAGCUUUCCUAGACGGAGGACUGAUGUACGGAGUGACUAAAGCCUGGGCGGACGCUCUCAGGUUGCUGAGUAGUGAUAGGCGAGGAAGGCUUGCGUCCUGUACCGACCAGGGCGUGCCCGGCUGCGUGAACGACAUGUACCCCGCCUACAACACCAUCGGCCUCCCCAUGGCGAACCCUCCCCCGCCCAGGGAACACUACCUCAAGUCAAGCCGCAGGUUCUUCAAACUUGGGAACCCUCGCGGGAACGAGAACGCCUUCCUCCUGACCUUUGGCGUCUUCUGGUUCCGCUGGCAUAACUACCUCGCUGACCAGAUUGCCGCCAAGAAUCUCGAUUGGUCGGACGAGAGAGUUUUCAACGAGGCGCGCAAGUGGGUCAUCGCCACACACCAGAAAAUCGUUCUGUAUGAUUGGCUACCCGAUUUCCUGGGGGAGAAUCGUAGGCCUGCAGAUUACAAAGGUUACAGCUCUGCCGUCCAUCCCGGUGUGACACACGUGUUCCAGUCUGCCGCCAUGAGGUGGGGCCAUACCAUCGUGCCACCGGGGGUGUACAGGCGCAGCAGAGUGAAGCCUGACGGGACAUGUGACUGGCGUAAUACCACAUACUACACCAGCCCGCACACCAGUGGACAGUACUUCCACGGCGUGCGCACCUGCAACUCCUACUGGAACUCUGUGGAGCCACAUGAGGAAGGCUUUAAGGCUGAAGAUGUUGCUCCGUUUGACGGGAUGGCGGAAUUCUUACUGGGCAUGUCGUCUCAAGUCACCGAGCGGGAGGACAACAUCAUCACUGAGGAUCUAAGAGGGCGCGUGUUUGGUCCACUGGAGUUUUCCCGGCGCGAUCUGAUGGCCAUCAACAUCCAACGCGGUCGGGACCAUGGACUUCCAGACUAUAACACGGCCCGGGUGGAGUACGGUCUUCCUCCGCGGAAGACCUUUUACGAUGUCAACCCCUGGCUCUUCAAUGGCACAUACGUUGAACACGGGCCUGAGCUCCUGGCAAAUAUCACAGCGUUCGCUACAGCGAACAACUGGACAACAGACAAGUGCGACAUCUGGGUGUGCGGACUUCUGGAGACCACGGAGGCCGGACCGGGAGAACUGUUUGGCGCGGUCAUCAAGGACCAGUUUGAACGGAUUCGCGACGGCGAUCGCUUCUGGUACGAGAAUGAUAAAAAUGGACUGUUCACCAAGGGAGAGAUCGAACAGAUCAACAACAUCACGCUGUUUGACAUCAUCAAGAGCAUCUCCAACAUCACUGAUGCAGACAUGCAGAGUAAUCCCUUCAUCGCAACUGAUUCUCCCUGUUUCCAGCCCAAGCAGCUGAGUCAGUUUGACAUGGAGCCGUGCACCCCUGACACGGUGGACAAGACGGUGGACUUCAAGAGAGAAACGUUUGACUACUUCACAGGCAGCGAGGCUUCGUACAUCCUCACCUUCAUGGCCCUGGCAGUGUUCAUCAUUGGUUGUGUUGCUGUGCUGAUAUACAUGGCAAGAGACAGGCAGAAGAAAGAGGCAGUGGAAAGAAACAAAAAGAGGAAGGCAACUUCCAAGCAGAGCAAGGAUGGAGCAACAAUUUUCCUGGCGACUGAGUACGUAGGGAAGAAGGAAGGCGAACGCAGUGUUCAGGUCAAGCUGGGGACAGGGAAGGAGAUCAAGGUGUUGAAUGAUCGCGGGAAGCUUCUGAGGACGAUCGACCUUCGAAAUCACAACCAGCUGGUCUUGUACGUGGAGGCGGACAAACAUCGCACCCUCAUGGCCAUCCACGUGCCAAAGGAGUACGAUCUGAUUCUGAACUUCGAUUACACGGAGGACCGAGACAACGCGCUGAUGCAGGUGGAGGACUUCCUCGGGGCGGUGGAGGUCGGGCGGAGGCGGCAGGAGAUGAAGAGCAGCGAUCUGAUGAAGGCCAUCGUCACCAAGGCCGACCGCCAGAAACAGCUGGAGAAGUUCUUCCGUAUCAUCUUUGCUCAGGCCGGUGCCAGUGGUUUCAAAGAGCAGAAUGGAGAUGACGUUCACUCUGGCUAUUUCAACAAGGCUUUCAAGGAGGAGAAGGCCCGCGAGGACAUUAGUACGUACAACUCCAAAGACGCCAAAGACGUUCUGACCUGUGAGCUGACGCGUGCCGAGUUCGCUGAAAGUCUCUCAAUGAAGCCGGAUUCCCUGUUUGUGGAGCAGAUGUUCAACUUGGUGGACAAGGACGGCAGCGGGUACAUCAACUUCCGCGAAUUCUUGGACGUCAUUGUCAUCUUCGCCAAAGGUAACCCAGAUGAGAAGGCCAAGCUCAUGUUUGACAUGUACGAUGUGGACGGAGAUGGGAAACUCAGCAGGGAGGAGUUCAAGACCAUGCUGAAGUCAAUGAUGGACAUGGUGAACACGGAGGUUGAACAGUCGCAGCUGGACAUGCUGGUGGACUCGAUGAUGGAACAGGGCGGGGUCCGGGACCGAGAACAGAUGACUCAGCAGGACUUCAUUAACAUCCUGGGAGAACACAAGCAGGCCCUCAGCAAUGCAGCGCUCAACCUGGGCGGGCUUCCCACUGAGAAGCUGAAGAACCAGGCUCGCCGAGUCAGUGAGGCAAACGUUCUGACACCGGGAGAAGCGACACGCCACCAAACCGUCCUGAACCGAGCCAGGAAGACCAUCAUCCGAGCUUACCAACCACCCGAGGAACGCAACGGAGCAGCGAGCAACCGACCUUCCCAGAGGGUUGGACAGGGCCUGAAGGUCGACACCCUCAAGGACAAGAAGUACACCACCAACCCCGUCAUGAAGAACUUCAACGCGCUGAAGCGGUACAUCCAGAACUACCGCCUGCACAUCUUCUGGCUGACCCUGUACACACUGGUGACCAUUGGGAUCUUUGCUGAGAGGGCCUACUACUACUCUGUGGAACGUGAACACGCCGGACUCCGUCGUAUCGCGGGCUACGGUGUGACGGUGACCCGCGGCGCCGCCAGCGGCAUGAUGUGGGCGUUCUCAAUCAUCCUGGUCACGAUGUGCCGCAACACGAUCACCCACAUGCGCGAGACCUUCCUUCAUCUGUACAUCCCCUUUGACUCCGCCAUCACCUUGCACAAGAUCAUCGCCAUGACGGGCCUGUUCUUCACAGUUAUGCACUGUAUCGGCCACGCCAUCAACUUCUACCACAUCUCCACUCAGACUGCCGACGACCUGACCUGCCUCUUCAGGGACUACUUCCACUACUCCAACGAACUUCCCAAGUUCCACUACUGGUGUUUUGCGACAACAACUGGCAUGACCGGAGUGCUGCUUGUUCUGGUUAUCGCAAUCAUGUACGUGUUUGCGACUCAGUACGCCCGGCGUUACGUGUUCAAGGCCUUCUGGCUCACCCACAAUCUGUACCCGAUCCUGUACAUCCUGACGAUCGUGCACGGGUCUGGAAAUCUUGUUCAGGAGCCAUUCUUCUACUACUUCUUCCUGGGUCCGGUCAUCCUCUUCACCCUGGACAAACUGGUGUCCAUCAGCCGCAAGAAGGUGGAGAUUCCUGUUGUCAAGGCAGAGCACCUCCCGUCCAAUGUGACCAUGCUGAAGUUCAAACGUCCCACCAACUUUGACUACAAGUCUGGCCAAUGGGUGCGUAUCGCCUCUGCCGCCCUGGGCGACAACGAGUACCACCCCUUCACGCUGACGUCAGCGCCGCACGAGGACACGCUCAGCCUCCACAUCCGCUCCGUCGGACCCUGGACCAACAACCUCAGGAAGGUGUACGAUCCGGCCAAGAUACAGCCAGACUUUGGCUAUCCCAAGGUGUUUGUUGACGGUCCCUAUGGGGAGGGUCAUCAGGACUGGUACAAGUUCCCCGUGGCCAUACUAAUCGGUGGCGGGAUCGGGGUCACGCCAUUCGCCGCCAUCCUGAAGGACAUCGUGCAGAAGUCUGCACAAGGAGCCAAGUUCAACUGCAAGAAGGUGUACUUCCUGUGGGUGACCCGGACCCAGAAGCAGUUCGAGUGGCUGACUGACAUCAUUCGGGAGGUGGAGGAGAAGGACAAGAACGACCUGGUCAGCGUGCACAUCUUCAUCACACAGUUCUACCAGAAGUUCGACCUCAGGACCACCAUGCUGUACAUCUGUGAGCGCCACUUCCAGCGUAUCUCCGGGCGGAGUCUCUUCACAGGCCUGAACUCCAUCACCCACUUUGGUCGUCCCAACUUCGAGUCCUUCUUCGACACCCUACAGGACGAGCACCCUGAGGUGAGCACCUUUGGCGUAUUCAGUUGCGGCCCCCCUCCCAUGACUUAUACUGCCGACAAGGCCUGCGGCGCGAUGAACAGAGUUGACGGCGCAUCGUUCAUCCACCACUUCGAGAACUUCUAAACAUCUUGAAGUGUUAAGCAUUAGGUAUCAAAUAGAUAUCAAAUAGAUAAGGAUCUAUUUUGUACUGUCCAGUACAGUCAAAAUGAAUUUAUACCCUUUUUGAAAAUAUGCAACUAUAUGACUUAAGAACAAAUUUAUAUCUAUUACCCUUCAUGACAAUCAAUCUGAAAACUUCUAAACUAAACUUUCUGUGUAGUGUUUAGCACAAGAUAAAGAUUAUUUUAGGAAGGGUAAACUCGCACAAAUAUGGUGGAUGACAUUACAUUCAUCAUGCAUGUGUAUCUACUUAAGGUUGUAUAAUAUAGGUUAUGACAGAUGAUUGCUUCAGAUACAUUCCUACUUGACUUAAAUUUUUGUAUCUUUUAACGGGUUCAAUGCCAGGCCAGUUGACCACUUUUUUGCAUUGAACUAAGUUGAGGGAUGGUGGAAAUUUAUUGUGCUAGGAGAUAGCAGAGAACUGGUUUUGAAUAUUGUAUAUAGGAGGGAAACAGUUAUCAUCAGGAAAGAAACUGUUGUAAUUGUAGAUGGACUUUGAAACUGAUAAUUGAAGUUGAACUGUAUAAGAUGUGAGCUAGAGGAAAACCUUGAAUGUGCUAUGCUGAAAGGCUCUCAAUGGGGGAACUUUUGGAAAAUUGUGUGAACUUUCAUAAAACCAUUGCCAGGUAAAGGAAAAGACAAUUAUAGCAGACAGACAGACCGGUCUGGAGACAUUCAGAUUUUUAUUGUUUUGUGGUGAUAGUGGAGAAUAGAUGUAAACUGUUGCAAAAAUAUAUAGUGCUUGAUUUUUAAAAAACAAUAUUUUAUUCAUUGUUGCUGCGAUGUAUUAUACUGCUUAUGAUAUAAGGGACGGACUAUAGAUGACUAUGAAGGGGUGUGUAGAACAUUGGCAAAUAUUUACAAAAAAGACCCAUGGCUCCAAAAGAAUCAGAGAAGUACAUUAAAUACGAUUUUUUUUUAAUGUAAAGACUAACAAAAACAAAACCCAGAAGGGGAAAAUGAAUAUUAUUGUGAUUCAGUAUUCCCCCCUUUGAAUCAUUUAUGGUCUGUUCGUUAAUGCUAUGUUGAACAUUGUGAUUUUAUGAAUGUGCAUUAUCCCUGGCCAAUAUCCAAGACAUUUAUGGCAUCAACGAAGAAGGAGAUGAAACUCCUUGAUCAUGAAAUGUUUGAUCAGUCUGUUCUUAAUGUUGAUAGGGUGUACACGUUUUAUGGUCUUACUUGCCUUUAGCUUUAUUGUCAAAGUGCUGUAGUUUGGCGCUGUUUAGUAGGUAGUCUUUCUUUUUCUGUUUUACAUAUUUUCUUUCUAUAUACAUGUACGAUUAUUGAUAUAAAAAUGAGAACGUUGGGAUUCAAAGUUUCCUUGACGAAUAUUUUACACAUUUUACAUGAAGAAUUUAAUAAGAUCAGGGCUUGUAAAGACAAAGAAAGUUCGACGUUUUUUUAUCAGAUGCAUUUUCUGCUGGCUUGCUUUGGAUCAGCAUCAUGUAAACGGAAGCAUUUUUUAUGAAUAAAGCUUUUUAUAUUCCACAA